AUGCAGCCUCCACCCAGCACACAGAGGCUGAUUCAGGGAUUAAGACCAGGACAUGUCUAUCAAGUCACACUAAAGGUCUUUGAGUUUUACACUGUUGUGUGCACAGACAUUGAAGAAACCAUUACAGUGCCCGCCACAUCUCAGAUCACCUUUUCCAAAGCUAUUUCAAGUACGUCUAUAAAGUUUGAGUGGUCCAGCGUGACUGGGGCAGACGGCUACUUCUUGUAUGUGGAGAAGUUGUUUAGUUUUCCUGCACAGAAAUACAACUGGACCUUCACAUCCCUGGGUGGACAGGUGGACGACCUGACUCCCUCUACAACUUACAACUGUUACGUUUACUCCUCCAAUAGUGCUGGACAGGGUGCCAGAAUGGUGCAGCCACCAACUGGUGUGACUCUUGUAUCGACGGGAAAGAGCACAGCCCGAGUAACAUGGAACCCUGUGAGCAAAGUCCUGCUUUAUCAAGUGAGCCUGAAAGACAACGACAACCCCAGCAAUGACCCAGUCAUCAGAAACACUUCAACCACAUCCAUGGAUAUCAGUAAUCUGGAGCCCUGCUCCACCUACACAGUGGGAGUGUCAUCAGUCAACAUCUUCUUAGUGCCUGGGGAGCCCUCGAAUGUUAUACACACUACCUCUAUGGACUACAGCUGUGCCAGCGGCAUGGUGACAGUGACAUGGGAUUUGGUCUUUGGAGCUAACUUGUACAGAGCCACAGCUGUCGAUGGUACUGGUGCAGCACUUAACUGUACGUCAGCUUCCACCAGCUGCCAGAUCACCAGCCUCAACUGUGGUGAGAAGUACCAGGUCCAUGUCACAGCCAUUUCUGAUGACUGCGAGAGCACCUCCAAUGCCUCUAGCUUGUUCAAGACAGUCCCCUGUGCUCCUGCCAACUCUCAGACCAUCCACGACUGCUCCAGCAAUGUGAUCGUCUUUAGGUGGCAGCCCACCAACAACACCUUCUACUAUGUGGCCACAGCUGAGGAUGACACUGGCAAAGUGACUGAAUGCAGGACGCCAGACAACUUGUGUUACUUUACUAAUACGGGCUGCGGUCAGUUUUACAAGUACUCUGUGUACGCCGUCAGCUCUGAUUGUAACAGUGAAGUCACUCGACCUGAGUUCGUCCGGACUGCUCCCUGUCUACCAACUAAUGUAAAGACAGCAGCCGAGUGUCACUCUGACAUGUUGGUCACAACCUGGGACUCAGCUGCUGGAGCUCUUUCCUACACUGUUGAAGCUCAGGGUAACACUGGAGAAACCUACAACUGCACCUCCUCCUCCAACAGCUGUGCGGUGACUGGUGUGCCAUGUGGAGAACACCUCAGUGUGUGGAUCGUCGCCUCCAACGACAACUGCUCCACUGACAAGGUGCUGGGAGAAGCGGCUCAGACUGUUCCCUGCGCCCCCACCAAUGUGUCAGCAUCAGUCGACUGCAGCCAGGAUUCUGCCAGAGUUAACUGGACGACGAGCAUUGGUUCUUUGUUGUACAUCGCAGUUGCUCAGGAUUCAGAUGGAAAUUCGCAAAGCUGCAGUUCAAUGGGCACCAACUGUCUGAUUGAAGGCCUGAAAUGUGGACAGAACUACACUGCCAGUGUAAUAGGCACUAAUCUCAAGUGCAACAGCAGCGCCAGAAUGGAGGUCACUUUCAUGACAGGUAGGUCAGAGAGUUGA